CCAACGUUACAGCUGAUCGCCACAAUGGCAGAUAAACCUGUUUUGGUUCAGGGUUCCUCUUUCAUGGAUCCCUUUAAAGGACUUUUGUUGACAUAUUUUAUGCCAGAAUCAUGCUACGACGAGUUCUUCCUCAAUUUCAACUUUUUGGACGUGCCAUGUCUGAAGGUUGUACUGAGCAAAGCCCUGGGGAUCGGCAUCAUCCUGGGAUCAGUGAUGGUGAAGCUUCCUCAAAUCAUAAAGCUGAUGGGAGCAAAGAGCGCUGAGGGGCUGAGCUUCAAGUCUUUGCUGCUGGAACUUCUUGCCAUCACAGGAACGAUGGCCUACAGUAUUGCCAACAAGUUUCCUUUCAGUGCCUGGGGCGAGGCUCUGUUCCUCAUGUUGCAGACAGUCACCAUUGGUUUCCUCAUUCAACACUACGGAGGAAGAACCAGCAAAGGUCUCCUGUUUCUGGCUGUGUAUUUUAGCCUGCUGGUCAUCCUACUGUCUCCAUUCACUUCCAUGUCUGUGGUGACCUGUAUGCAGGCCUCUAACAUGCCAGCCAUCAUCAUUGGCAGGCUGAUCCAGGCAGCCACUAACUACCAAAACGGGCACACCGGCCAGCUCUCUGCUAUCUCUGUUUUCCUGUUGUUUGCUGGAUCCCUUGCACGAAUCUUCACCUCGCUGCAGGAAACUGGAGACGCACUGAUGGCCCUCACCUAUGUCAUAUCGUCUGCCUGUAACGGCAUCAUUGCCCUGCAGGUUCUGUACUACUGGAACAGCUCCCUAGAACACAAAAAGAAGAAGAAAAAGAAGAGAGAAUAGUCCAGUCACUAAACUUCAAUUAUAGAGCAACACUUUCCUUGUUCAACUCAAGAUGCUCUCACAGAGGGGUCUCUUAAACUACAAAGAACAAAUUGACAUGUGAUUUGUGUGCAGAGCCAUUGGGAAGAGUGGGGAGACCUGCGGGAUCCAGACUCCUCUCCUACUGUACAUUAUGUGGUUAUUACAUUCCUUUAUUAUAUUCAGCUGUUAUCACAUGGGCGUGUUAAACUGUUAGAAUUGUUGAAAUAUGUGUGGAUUUUUCACACCCUAGACUUCUAAUCGAAUUCUCAUCAUCAAAGUUAUUUUCUGGGUAAAGCAGUGUUGAUCUUGACUGAUUUGUUAUUUUUCCAUUUUGCAUAAAUAUAAUUUCAGACUUGCUAAUAUAUGUUUAAUGCUGGAUAUUAUCCUAUCAUCUGUGUUGGAGAGGACAUCAGAUUACAGAACUGAUGCUGUCACUGAUUCGCGUUUGUACAUUUGCACACGAUGCUAAAUUCCACUAAUUUGUAACUCCUGUAAAAACAUCACCGAUCUCGAUACCAGCUGUUACGUAAAGGUGAAGCCCUAAAUGAAAUGACAAGAGAUUUGGAGUAACCAGACUCAGAUUUAAACUAGAUUAAUGUAGGAUUUAUGGUCUGUCUGAACUGGACCUUUUACUGACCCACCAUUCACACCCACAAAGACAGUUUACAAAAGCACAUUCUACAUGCAAUUACUUAUAUAAUGAAUGUUGAAAAGUGAAAGAUUACUCCUUUUUCCCACAAAAUGAAAUAGACCCAAAGUAGAAGUAUCCAUCAGAAGAUGGUCCACUGUGGUCAUAACAGGGUGGAUAUUGUUAGUAACAAUACUCAGGUAGGCUGUGGCGUUUAAAUGAUGCUCAGUUGGUACUAAGGAGCCCAAAGUGUGGCAAGAAAAUAUCCCCCACACCAUUACACCACCAGCAGCCUGAACCGUUGAUACAAGACAGGAUGGAUCCAUGCUUUCAUGUCGUUUCCACCAAAUUCUGACCAUCUGAAUGUCACAGCUAAAAUCAAGACUCAUCAGACCAGGCACCGUUUUUCCAAUCUUCUAUUAUCCAGUUUUGGUGAGCCUGUGUGAGUUUAAGCUUCGGUUUCCUGUUCUAAGCUGACAGGAGUGGCCCCCGGUUUGGCCUUCUGCUGCUGUAGCCCAUCUUCUUCAAAGCUGGAUGUGUUCUGUGUUCAGAGAUGGUGUUCUGCAUUCUUUAGUUGCAACAUUUGAGUUAAUGUUGCAUUUCUGUCAUCUCAAACAAAUCCGGCCAUUCUUCUCUGACCUCUGGCAACAAGAAGGCAUAAUGCUUGGUUUGAACUUCAAAAGGUCAUCUUGAUCACAUCUACAUGCCUAAAUGCACUGAGUUGCUGCCAUGUGGUUGCUUGAUUAGAUGUUUGUAUUAAAAAGCAGUUGAACAGGUGUACCUAAUAAAGGUUCUAUUGAGCGGUGCAUUGAUAAUCCCACUGAACGAAGCUAUGUAGUUUCAGUACUGCACACUGUAUGUGUUGUUUUCCCACAGAAAUCUAUAUGCAUUUAGUGGGUGAUGCAGAAAAUCAACAGUAAGCUUCUAUUUUGAGGUCUGUAUUUUUACUGUAGCCCACCUAACGUUUGUUGUUGUGGCUCACCAGUAGAAUCCUUGGUUCAUUGUCCAUUCAUACAUUCUGGCACUGGGCUCAGAAAGAAAACACAUAGCCAGUGCUACUUUCCUAGAUAAUUCCAUUCCUUUGAGAGCAAAUAAUCUUGUGUGUAUCCAGUCUGAACACAUACUGUAAAAAUUGUGUAAAACUGCUGUGACCCGUAUUAAAUAAUGGGAUCACAUCAAAUUGCGUGGGGUUCAUACUUGCUGCACGUUCUCAUGCUUGAUCAGUGUCAAUCCAUGCAGGAAGCUGUGACCAGUCCUUGGCAAACCUGGAAAGCUUACAUUGUGAAGCAGCAACAGAUUGGCACAUUGACAAACGCUUAAAUGUGACCAACCUAAGUGCAACUCCAGACAAAAUAUGUAAGAAAACCAAUAUUUCUCCCUACAUAGUUUCUGAGAAAUUCCCUGGCACCCAACAUCUGUCAAGAAAGUUAAAUCUAAUGGAUCCUGAAAUGGUAUGUGAUUGUAAUAAUGCAUGUGCUCAUCAGAUGUGAGUGAAAUAAAAAUGUGUUGCUGAAAUAUAUAAACAAA